UGACAGCUUCCGGCUGGUGGAUCCUCCGGCUGGUGGCUCCUCCGCCUGCCCUAGCACACCGUUUAGCCCUUUCACUGAGGGUGGCUCCUAGGCCAGCUCAAAGGAGAUCCCUUCCUUCCUUUGAGGAAAUACUGGGACAUUUCACAAAUUCAGUUUUUAAAAAAUGGAACCUUGUUCCUGUGAUACUUUUGUGGCAUUACCUCCAGCAACGGUUGAUGACAGGAUUAUUUUUGGAAAAAAUUCAGAUAGAUUGUGUGAUGAAGUACAGGAAGUAGUUUAUUUUCCUGCUGCAACUCAUGAUAACCUGAGAGAACAUCUUCAGUGUACUUACAUAGAAAUUGAUCAAGUUCCUGAAACAUAUGCUGUUGUCCUCAGUCGCCCAGCUUGGUUAUGGGGGGCAGAAAUGGGAGCUAAUGAGCAUGGAGUUUGCAUCGGGAAUGAAGCUGUAUGGGGAAGAGAAGAAGUUUGUGAUGAAGAGGCACUACUGGGCAUGGAUCUUGUCAGACUUGGCCUUGAAAGAGCGGAGACAGCUGAAAAAGCCCUCAAUGUCAUUGUUGAUCUAUUAGAAAAAUAUGGCCAGGGUGGAAAUUGUACAGAGGGUAGGAUGGUUUUCAGCUAUCACAACAGUUUCCUGAUAGCUGAUAGGAAAGAAGCCUGGGUUCUGGAGACGGCAGGGAAGUACUGGGCAGCAGAAAAAGUACAAGAGGGAGUUCGUAAUAUUUCUAAUCAGCUUUCUAUAACAACCAAGAUUGAUCGGGAACAUCCAGACCUGAGAAACUAUGCUCAGCAGAAAGGCUGGUGGGAUGGUAAAAAGGAGUUUGAUUUUGCUGCAACAUACUCUUAUCUUGACACAGCCAAGAUGAUGCUUUCUCCAGGCAGAUACUGUGAAGGCUACAAACUUUUGAAUAAGCACAAAGGAAAUAUAACUUUUGAAACAAUGAUGGAAAUUCUCCGAGAUAAACCAAGUGGCAUUAAUAUGGAAGGAGAGUUCUUGACCACUGCAAGCAUGGUUUCUAUUUUACCUCAAGACUCCAACCUUCCUUGCAUUCACUUCUUUACAGGGACUCCUGAUCCUGAGAGAUCUGUUUUUAAGCCCUUCAUAUUUGUGCCAAAUGUUUCACAACUGUUGGAUACCAGUUCACCAACAUUUGAGCUUGAAGAUCCAGUCAAAAAGAAGCCACGUUUUCAGUUUAAGCCUGACAGAAGACACCUACUGUACCAAGAACAUCAACAGGCAUUGGAAGUAAUAGACAAAAAGGAGGAAAAAGCCAAAACCAUGUUGGACAACAUGAGGAAACUGGAGAAAGAACUUUUCAAAGAAAUGGAAUCAAUUCUUCAAAACAAGCAUCUUGAUGUUGAUAAAAUUGUUAAUCUCUUUCCUCAGUGUGCAAAAGACGAAAUUAGAAUUUAUAGGUCAAACAUGAGUCCUUAGAGGUCAUAUAAAUGGUCAACAAUCUUCCUCAAAGUCAGAAUCUAUCACCUUGGUAAAUGAUAUAACCUAG